AUGGAUGAAAAGGGGAAGUUAAGUGUGAGUGAGAGUCUGGCAAGAAGCAUUAGUAGGGGUAUCAGCAUCGCUUCCUCGGGUUGGAGGAUUGAAGAUGUGUUUUCCCCUGGUAUUGGUGGUAGUCAUGACGGACGGACAAGUCGUAAUUCCAAGGAAGAUGAAGAGGUAUUGCAAUGGGAUGCACUGGAGAAACUUCCUACUUAUUGUUGGGUACGAACAACCAUCUUCAAGUCAUAUAGUCCGUUAGGUCAGCCGGAAAAGCAUUCUGAUAAUCAGAUGUUGUCGGAUGUAAGAGCACUUGACUCAAAUGCUCGACAUACAUUUAUAGAAAUUUUUUAUGGACCCCGAAAAAGAUAA